AUGGCGGGGAUGCAGGACUGCAACCCUGCGCGCACCCCCAUGGAGGAGCGGCUCAAGCUGAGCCGUGACAACACGGCGGCGGAGGUGGACGUCACUCAGUACCGGAGGAUCAUUGGAAGCCUCCGCUAUCUUGUCCACACGCGGCCGAACCUCGCUUUCAGCGUGGGGUACGUGAGUCGCUUCAUGGAGCGGCCUACGGAGGAACACAUGGCGGUAGUGAAGAGGAUCCUGCGCUAUGUGGUUGUGACUUUAAGUCUCGGUUGCCACUACGGGAGGACAGCGGAGGCACGACUUGUCGAGUACACCGACAGCGACCUCGUCGGCGAUGUUGACACAAGGAGGAGUACAUCCGGCGGUUUGUUCUUCUACGACAGUAGCUUGGUGAGUUGGCACGCUCUUAAGCAAAAGGUGGUGGCACUCUCGUCCUGUGAGGCAGAGUAUGUUGCUGCCACUACCGCAGCCACACAGGCGGUGUGGUUGGCUCGACUGCUCGGCAACUUCAAGGGGAGGGACGCUGACACCGUCGAGCUGAAGAUUGACAACAAGUCAGCCUUAGCGUUGAUACAAAACCCUAUCUUCCAUGAACGUAGCAAACACAUCGAUGUGCGCUACCACUUCAUCAGGGAGUAUCGGGAAGAUGGGAGGAUUAGUGCUGAUUUCAUCGGCACUAAGGACCAGCUCGCUUACAUUCAAACGAAGGCACUUGGGCAAGUCAGAUUCCAUGAGCUUCGUGCUAGGAUUGGAAUGUUCAACAUCAAUUCCAAGUCCACACACAAGGAUUAG